CAACGCUGCUUUUGUAGACCACGUGACUUAACCUAUCUUUUCUUCUCUUAUUAAGCAAGUAAUUACCAUUGUAUUUUGAUUCUUAAAAAUGCGCAACCUAUCAAAAGAACUGUCAAAAUGUAAGCACCCCAACAGCCGUAAAACCAAAGCCUUGUCAAAAAAGACAAGAAGGAUAAUCUUACGUAAUGAAAGCAAUCAAGUGCAAAAUCUAAAACGUUCAGUAAUCGCAAAUAAGAUACAAUGGUUUUUAGAUCGUGUAGACAGCUCAGUGACAAAAUGCAGCGCACAGCAAACAGAAGAGCUUAUUGAAAGUUAUCUUUCACGUUUCGAUGAAGAAUUGGAACAAAUUGCGAUUAAGGAUUCGAUCGGGAAUCGUAAAAACAGACAGCACGCAAAUCGGCAAGAUGUCAUUAAAAUGACAAUUCAGCGAGAAAAGGAAGAAUAUAACACCUGUGGAUUAGAGAUGCCAAACAUUAUGGAAGAGGCCGAUCUUGCCGCUUUUCGCUUAUGGGACGGUGACCUUAUAGCACUCCAACAUCUUAAACUUGUACGAAUCAGUAAAGUGAUGUUAACAAAACUUUAAUAAACACAUUUCAAAAAUACACUAAA